AUAUAUAUAUACAUUCAUAAGUAAGGGGUGAAACACGUGCAAGAGAAAAGCGAAUGUCCUCUCAGAUCCCAGGCAGUGAAGUUCAUGCGGUUUUCAUCCAAGAGAUCCCAUCUUCAGGAUGUCAGUGAACAUUGCCAAUGUAACUGGGAAAGGUGUGGAUCCGAGCGCAGCGGUUGAGACUUACGACAGCGGCGAUGAUUGGGAAAUCGGCGUCGGCAAUCUGAUCAUCGAUCUGGACGCCGAUCUGGAGAAGGACAGACAGAAACUGGAGAUGCAUAACUCAAGCGGCAGCAGCAGCAGCAGCAGCGGCAACAGUGGCAAUAGCAGCAGCGGCGGCGGCGGCAAUGCAACCACCAGCACCAGCAGCAGCAGCAGCAGCACUCAGGAUUGCGGGGCAAUAGCUCCGGGCGCUGCAGGCGGCUCGGCAUCAGCCCUGGCCGACAGCCUGAAAUUUACCCCCUCUCCCUCUCCCUCCUCCUCCUCCUCCGCCUCCUCCUCCUCUGCCGUGCAGCCGCCUCCCCAAGGGGGCCAUUCCCACAAGGAGACGGGGGGCGGCAAGUGCAAAGUCAGAAGGAGCAAAACUUGCAAGGAUGCCCAUAAAUCCGCGUGCACGGCCGGGCUGUACGGCAUUCCCGAGAGCGGCAACGGCGGCGGCGGCAACAACGGCAAGAGGCAGGAAGUUCAAGGGCGCCCUGGAGAGGUUUGUGGCAUGAGUUCAGCUCUGGGUCCGGCAGUGAGCGGCGGCGGCGGCGGCGGCGUCUGCAGUGGCGGUCAUCACAACAACAACAACAACAGCGGCGGCGGCGGCGGCGCUGUGAGCGGCAGCAGCAAAGCCAAGGAGGACAAGCCGGGCCGGGCCCCCGGCAGGGCGGGCUGCAAGCGGGACAGGGACACCGCCAGGUCCCGCAAGGAGCCCGGCAGCAAGCCCGGGGAGGCGGGGCAGCAGCACAACGGCGGCGGCGGCGGAGGGUCCUAUCCCUGCGGUGGUGCCGGCGGGGAGCCCCCGCCCCGCGGGCAGGACGGUCAGGGCGGCCCGCACUCCGCCACACUGACCGGCGGCACCGGCGCGGCCAAGAGAGAGGGUCCGGAGCCCGGGGAGGAGCCCGCCCGCCCCGCCAAGAGACCCAGACCCGAGAAGGUUGACCCCUUGUUCACCGUGCCUGCACCUCCGCCACCAAUCGCUUCGAGUGUGCCACCUCAGAUUCUACCUUCCUACUUCUCUUCAUCCAGUAUUGCUGCCCCAGUUGAGCAGCUUUUAGUACGGACUCGAUCCUUGGGUGUAAAUGCUUGUGAUGUUGGAGUAGUGACUGAACCCGAAUGCCUUGGACCUUGUGAGCCAGGAACUAGUGUCAAUUUGGAAGGGAUUGUGUGGCAUGAAACGGAGGAAGGUGUUCUGGUGGUAAACGUGACUUGGCGGAAUAAGACCUAUGUGGGAACGUUACUGGACUGCACGAAGCACGACUGGGCCCCUCCUAGGUUUUGCGAAUCGCCUACAAGUGACCUUGAAAUGCGAGCGAGUCGAGGCCGGGGGAAGCGGGCACGCUCAGCUGCAAACGUUCCGAUGAAUGACGCCAGCUUCACGGAGUCCAGGGGCGUACAGAACAAAAACCGAGGCGGCGCCAACGGCAAGGGGCGCCGGGGCAGCCUGAACUCGAGCGGCCGCAGGACACCCCCAAACUGCACCAUCGAAGAGGUGAAAGCCAUUCCCUCACCCGCCAACAAGAGGAAACACAAGCCCCCAAUGGAACUGGACCUGAACUCCAGCUCCGAGGAAACAAAGUCUGGGAAGCGGGUCCGCACGAACUCCAGAAGCACUCCAACCACUCCCCAGGGCAAGCCCGAGGCGAGCUUCGUGGACCAAGGCUGCUCCUCCCCAGUGUUGAUCGACUGCCCCCAUCCGAACUGCAGCAAAAAGUACAAGCACAUCAAUGGGCUGCGUUACCACCAGGCCCAUGCCCACCUGGAUCCCGAGAGCAAACUGGAAUUCGAGCCUGACUGCGAGGACAAGAUGUCUGACUGCGAGGAGGCAUUGAGUAGCGUGGCCAUAGGCGUGGAGCACGGUGAACUGAGAAACGGCGCCCUGCUCGCCGGGGGUUCGCUGGGUUAUGACCAGAUGAAGGCUCCUGUGUCGCCCAUCUCCGCCAGCACCCCGGGCACCCCAAAGGGGCGUAAGGACUUAGCAAAUAACGCCCAGAGCCCAAUAGUUAACUCUAAAACUGGGAAGAACUCCAGCAAAAGGAAGGGUCUCAUCAACAGUGACUUGAACAACCUGCCCGUCAUCUCCAACAUGGCGGCUGCUUUGGAAAGUUGCUUGGUUCCCGACGGGGUCUCUGUCACAGAGAUGCCCAAGCUUGAGGUGGAGGGGGUGAUAGACAAGAAAAACUUAGGGGACAAGGAAAAGGGGAAGAAGUCCAGCAAUGGGAAAAUGGAUAAAUCGUUACCAAAGCCUAAAACAACCAGACCAAUAGCCCCCGCCCCUCCACCGCCACAGUUGAUAGCCAUCCCCACGGCGACAUUCACUACCACCACCACGGGGUCACUACCAGGGCUGUCGUCGCUCACCACCACCGUUGUCCAGGCAACACCAAAGAGCCCACCACUGAAACCCAUCCAACCAAAGCCCACCAUCAUGGGAGAGCCCAGCACAGUCAACCCAGCCUUGUCCUCGCUCAAAGACAAGAAGAAGAAGGAGAAGCGGAAGCUGAAAGACAAAGAGGGCAAAGAGUCGGCUAGCCCCAAGAUGGACUCGAAGCUGGGCAAGGCGGAGGAGUGCAAGGCAUCUGCUAAAGAUCUGGCUGCACAUUUUUUGAAGGAUCACCUCAGCAAGAGCGAAGUACUGGCCAACGGUCUCUCCGACUCGCAGGAGAGCCGGAUGGCGAGCAUCAAGGCCGAGGCGGAUAAAGUUUACACGUUUACGGACAACGCUCCCAGCCCUUCCAUAGGGAGUGCCUGCAGGCUGGAGUGCAGCAACAUGGUCAAUGGACAGUCUCCCCUGACGCCGCUGCACGUUCUGACGCAGAACGGGGGCGAUGGGACCACGGCCAAAACAAACAGCCCCGCUUACUCGGACAUUUCAGACGCUGCCGACGACGGGGGCUCUGACAACAGGUCAGAGGGCCUGAGCUCUAAGAUUAUUUCCCCUGCGGACGUGGCUUCCGCCAAGGAAACAGUUGUGAAAAGUCAUUCCUCAGCCUCCUUGCAGCCCGCACAGAGCAAAGAGUCCCAUUCCCCUUUCUACCAUGGAUACGAGCCUUACUAUUCCCCUGGUUACAUGCACCCCAGUCAAGUCAGCAGCUCCACAGCCGGGAACUGCACAGCCCCCCAGAGCGUCAAAGUGAAGAAAGAGUUGGAGGAAGAGAUAGAAAAGAAGGAGAAGGCGGAGAUAUUAGAAAUGAAGAAGAGCGAUAGUGUUACUGGGAAUAUUCAGGCCCAGCAUCAGUCUGUUAUCACACAGAGACAUCCAGCGCUUGCUCAGUCGCUCUACUACGGGCAGUAUGCGUACGGACUAUGUUACGUCGACCAGAAGUCGAUCAUGACAAACUCUUCUUACAGGCAGCAGUACGAGAAGUUCUACGAAGAGCAGCGGUACGCGGAGCAGAAACUGCAGGGGAUGAUGGGGAGAGAUGGGGAAAGGAAAGGGGACGGGCUGCAUAAGGAAAUGGGAAAAGAGGACCUUAAGCAGAAAAACAUUCCCUCUGCUACAAUUUCCAAAGCCCCUUCGACCCCGGAGCCCCACAAGAGCAGUAGCUCCAAAGCUAAAGAUCCUUUCAUGCUGUCAGAACCCUCGAAGUCUGGGGUGUUGAACAAGCCAGAGGAGGCUGGUAAAUUGCAGAUGCAGGCAGCACAGCAGCAACUGUUGGCUGAUGGUUUUAAAGCCAAACAACUGGAAAAUCACCAACUUAUCAAGGAGGCAGUGGAAAUGAAGAGUGUCAUGGACUCCAUGAAACAGACAGGGGUGGACCCUACAGUACGUUUCAAACAGGAGCCAGAUCCGAGGGCUUGGCACCAUUAUGUUUACCAGCCCAAGUACAUGGAGCAGCAAAAAGCAGAGGAACUUGAGCGGGAGAAAAAGCAAAAGGAGGACAGUCCGAUGAAGGCACCGAGCAAAGAGGGAACGAUCUCCAGCUCCAGCAUUCCCAUCCCGAUAACCAACAUCAAAGAGGAGCCCAAAGAGGCUAAACGGCCAGAACCCCAGACACUCACAAUGGAGGAACACAAGAGCAAAUCUGAUGAGCGUAAGACGCCCAUUAGUGGCAAGGACUCUAGAGGAGCCCGAGUUGCGGUCUCAUCACCAAUGAAUCAGCAUCAGUCUUACAUUCAGUAUCUGCACGCUUAUAAUCCUUAUUCCCAGAUGUACGACCCAACCUACCGAGCAGUAUCUCCAGUGCUAAUGCACAGCUACCCAGGGGCAUAUCUCUCUCCAGGCUUUCACUACCCAGUGUACGGGAAGAUGGCCAGCCGAGAGGAAACUGAGAAAUCCAGCCCAAGUCCCAGUGUGAGCAGUAAACCAGCGGCUGAAUCCAAGGCUCUGGACCUCCUUCAGCAGCACGCCAGUCAGUACCGCAGCAAGUCUCCGGGGCCGGCCGAAAAGGCUCCUCCUGAGCGGGAAAGAGACGCCGAACGGGAGAGGGAACGGGAACGCCAUUCGCCUUUUGCACAGCGGCACGUUCACACGCACCACCACACGCAUGUCGGAAUGGGUUAUCCGCUAAUCCCAGGCCAAUAUGACCCAUAUCAAGGGCUGACCUCCGCUGCCAUUGUUGCUAGUCAGCAGGCGGUUGCACAGGCUUCUGCAUCAGGCAUUUAUCCUGCACAAAGAAGGUAA